CACUUUCUUUGUGUCUCUGUUUCUGUCUGUUGUGUUGUUUUCUGGCUGUGAACUACUGCCGACAGGGACAGGAUUUGGCGUGUCCGGCUGGGCUCUGGGCACCAAUAGCUUCGGCUUCUACAAUAUUGUUCUUCAGUUCACUUCAGUCGGCAAGUGGUUCUUGUACGGUCCGUGUGUUUGGGUCAAUUUAUUAUCAACUCACCGCUUCCCUGAUUCGGUGAUUCUUGACUUGGUUUCGGCUAACAUCUGUCUGUGUGUAUAGAAAAGUUAUCGCGUGUGUUUUUGGGAGUGAAUGAAUUUUGUAUAGAACUUGGAUUUUCUCAAAUAAAGAGGAGAAACACCUCCCAUCGCUCCCAUGUUUAGUGACUGGUAUACAGCAUGUAGUAGAACAGUUGAGUGCGUGUAGUAAGAAGGGGAGGAGAGCUACCCUGUCGUGGUGCUCCCAGACCUUGUUAGUGGAGCCUCUCAGACCUUCCAGUGAGGCCGCUUAGGCCUUCUAAGGCAGGUCGCUAAAGUUUCUUGGUGUGGGAUCUCAGGUAUUGUUAGUGUGGGUUCUCAGGCCUUGUUAGUUAGGUCUUUCAGGCCUUUUUUGCGAGGGCUGUCAGGCCUUCCAACUUGAGGUGCUAAAGGCCUUGUUAGUAAGGUCUUUCAGGCCUUCUUGGCGAGGGGUCUCUGGCCUUCCAACUCAGGGCGCUAAAGGCAUUGUUAGUGAGAGCGCCCUCAGGCCUUGUUAGUGAGGGCUCUACGGCCUUCUUAGCAAGGGCUUUCAGGCCUUCUUGGCGAGGGCUUUCAGGCCUACCAACUCAGGGCGCUAAAGGUCUUCUUAGUGAAAGAUCUCAGGCCUUCUUAGUGAGAGUGCCCCUAGUUAGUGUCUUGUAGCCAUGGGGUUCUCGGUGGACCUACAAGGACGCGCCGCGCACGAGGCGUUGAUCAAUCGCCAGGACGCGGAACUGCGUCUGCUGGAGACGAUGCGUCGCUGUGUGGCGGGCAAAGUGAAGUGCGACCGCGAAUACGCGGCUGCCCUGGCGUCGGUCUCCGCCCAGGGCAUGAAGGUGGAUCGUAGCGAUGAGUUGGCCGGCAGCCUGGUGGCACAGGCCUGGAAGGCGAUGAUGGACGAAGUGGACAACGCAGGUCGACUGUUCCGGAGCAACGCAGAUCUCGUCGAAAAGGAAACGCUCGAACGACUGAACGCGCUCUGUCAGGAGAAGCGCAAGGCGCGGAAACAGUACCAGGAGGAGCAUAGUCGUAUUCUCCAACAGUUCAAUCAUCUGAGUGAAGAAGUUUUGAGGAAAAAGUCUGAUUACCAGAAACAAAUAGAAUUCUACAGAUUAAUGAGGUCAAGAUUUGAGGAGCAUUAUGUCAAAUCUGGCAGGGGAGGAAGAAAGCUGGAUGACGUGAGAGACAAAUACCAAAGAGCAUGUAGGAAGCUGCAUCUGGUGCACAACGAAUAUGUACUGCUUUUGGCCGAAGCCGAAGUCUAUGAAACCGAAUUUAGAACUGUUUUACUGCCUAGUCUACUACAUCAACAUCAAACCAUUCUAGAGGCAUUCAUUGUUUCCUGGAGAAGUAUAAUGCGAGAAAUGGCCAGGUUAUGGAAUUACGCUUCAAGGCAAUUCGUCGAAGUAAAUUCUCAGAUGGAAGCCAGUAUUGAAAUCAUCAAACCUGGUGAAGAAUAUAAUGACUUCACAGAGAAAAAUAAAACACACCCGACAGAACCAAUACGAUUAUCGUUUGAUAAAAAUCUAGUGGAGGACUCCAGCGGUAAAUUGCUGGCCAACCAAUUGACCGUUGACAACCUGACUGUGGAGUGGGUCCGGGCCAAGAUGUUCGACCUGGAGAUCAGGCUCAAGGAGACUCAGGAGAAGCAGGCUAACUGUCAUCUUCACGAAAAUAGUGAGCUGGUGACAAACGAAUUGCGGGCAGAAAAUAAACGAAUUCUGAGGCAAUUGGAUGUAAUAAAGAAGGCGUUGAACGAUCUCGGCUGUGAAGAGUUACCAGUUGGCUGCGAUCUGCCAACCAUUGAAAAUACAUUCGAUCAAAACCAAGAAAACCAUACUAGCGACAUUCUCCCGCCUUCCGCUAAGCGUCCAUCACUUCCGAGCCAGUCGCUAGCCGUCUCCGCUAGUCUAGUGGACAUGCUCCGCAAGCCAUUCCGCCGCAAGUCCGUUCCCAACUCGCCGCUACUGCGGUCGGCCGCAGCCGCUUGCGGCGACGACCCUAGCUCCGGAGUAGGUCUCAACGAUGACGUCACUAUUGUCUCCAUUGAGCCCCCCGCCUCUCACUCUAACAACGACAGUAACCAACAAACGCUGCUCAUUAACAACGCUAUUAACGUGCAUUCCAUGAAUGUGAUUGGUUCAUCAACGCGAUCUCUAGUGGAUGAAGAAUGGUUCCACGGUGUACUACCUCGCGAAGAAGUGGUGAGACUUCUUACCAAAGAAGGCGAUUUCUUGGUGAGAGAGACGACAAGAAACGACGAGAACCAGACUGUGUUGUCGGUCUGUUGGGGUGGCCAUAAACAUUUCAUUGUACAGACUACUGCAGAGGGCCAAUUCAGGUUCGAGGGCCCGGCCUUCCCGACCAUUCAGGAGCUGAUCAUGUACCAGUUCCAGAGCAACCUGGCCGUGACGAGUCGGUCGGGGGCCGUUCUGCGCACGCCCAUUCCCCGCGAGCGCUGGGAACUCAACAACGAUGACGUCAUCCUGCUAGAGAAGAUUGGUCGCGGAAACUUUGGUGACGUCUAUAAGGCGCGACUGCGCACUAGCAACGACGAAGAGGUUGCAGUGAAGACGUGUCGAAUGACUGUUCCCGACGAGCACAAGCGUAAGUUCCUGCAGGAGGGCCGCAUCCUGAAGCAGUACGACCACCCCAACAUCGUGAAGCUGAUUGGCAUCUGUGUGCAGAAGCAGCCCAUCAUGAUCGUCAUGGAGCACGUUGUUGGUGGCUCCCUUCUGACAUUUCUGCGGAACAAUGCUUCGUCGCUGACUCAGAAGCAGAUGCUGUUGAUGUGCAAAGAUGCAGCGGCCGGCAUGCAAUAUCUGGAGAGCAAGAACUGCAUUCACCGCGAUCUUGCUGCUCGUAACUGUCUUGUUGCGGCAGAUAACAGUGUAAAAAUAUCCGACUUUGGAAUGUCCAGGGAAGAAGAAGAGUACAUCGUUUCUGAUGGAAUGAAGCAAAUCCCUAUCAAGUGGACAGCACCUGAAGCUCUCAACUACGGAAAAUACACAUCGUUGUGCGAUGUGUGGAGCUACGGUGUCCUCACCUGGGAAGUAUUCGCCAAAGGUGGAACUCCCUACCCUGGGCUCACCAAUUCCAAAGCAAGGGAGAAAAUCGAUUCAGGAUACAGAAUGCCAGCCCCAGAAGGGACCCCAGAUGAGAUGUACCGACUUAUGCUCCGUUGCUGGGAAUAUAAGCCUGAAAACCGACCUCACUUCGAACAAAUCUAUUCUGUUGUUGACACUUUAUGUUCCUCAGUUCGGUAAUGUCCAUUAGAUAUGACAAUUUUAGAAAAAAGUGUAAUCUGACGAUGUAUUUAUGAUGAAAUAUCUCCACACCAUUGGAUGUGUUGCUUGUUCAUAACUAUUACUAUCAUUAUUUGUAAAAAUACCUUGUAUUUAUUCAAACUAUACUGUUAUUCUGUAUAAUGUAUUUUUAAUAUAUAUUAUUGUAUAAAUUGAAUUGGAAAUCUAUGAAA